AUGGAACCGCUCUCUGGUGCAGCAAGCGUUAUUGCGGUUAUUCAAAUCACUGGAGCCAUCAGUCAGAUAUGUGGAAGUUACAUCAGCGAAGUGAAAGAAGCAAGGCAAGAUAUUCUCUGUCUGCAAAAGGAGAUUGAUGCCCUCUCCCAGACACUCGAAUUCCUUGAGAAGCUUCUUCACAACCAAAGCCCUACCAAGCCCGCCUCCCAAAAUUUAGUUGAUAAUGUCGCUAAAUGCUCUUCAACUCUCACAAGAUUAAGGGACAGAAUCGACCCAGAAGCAACGCAGACACAGAUGAGGAAAUGGGGCCUUCGAGCAUGGAAAUGGCCAAUGAAAAGUGAGGAGGCAAGAAAGGCUAUUCUAAGGCAAUCUACCAAUCUUCUUGAUCAAAAGAUAGACCUUGGCUGGUUACACGUCGCGAAAGGCGCAGCGUUUAAUGACUAUGAAAAUCAACAUACCGAAUGCCUCCCAGGAACUCGGGUGGAGCUACUUCGCGAGAUCUACCGCUGGGUCGAGGUUUCUGACGGAAAAUGCAUAUUCUGGUUAGAUGGUAUGGCCGGAACCGGAAAGUCCACUAUUGCCCGGACUGUUGCAAGCCGUCUGAAGGGACAGAGUCUCCUUGGGGCUAGCUUCUUCUUCAAAAGGGGCGAACUAGACCGAGGAGAUGCCAAACUACUCUUUUCGACACUCGCAAGACAAUUAGGAGGCACUGUACCUCAACUGGUGCCCAACAUCCAAAAGUCAAUUGAGGAUGAUCCAUAUAUUUCGGGGAGAGUGCUUAGGGAACAAUUUGAGAAGCUCAUACUGCAGCCACUUAUUGCUGUCAACCCCGGCCCAAAAUCAAUUAUACUGGUCGUGAUUGAUGCGCUAGAUGAAUGCGACCAAGAUGACGAUAUCCGAAAUAUUCUCCGGCUUCUACCACGUGUCCAGGAAUCACACUCAGUACAACUCCGAUUCCUUCUGACAAGCAGACCUGACCUACCGAUCAGGCUAGGGUUCCGAGGAAUUAAAGAUGAUUAUCAACAUCUGAAACUUCAUAAGAUCCCGAAUCCUGUGAUAGAACACGAUAUCAGAUUAUACUUUGAAACGGAAUUCUCACAGUUACAGGAAGAGCGCGAUCUUCCAACAGACUGGCCCGGGGAUAAGAUAAUUAAUACACUGGUCAAGAGAGCUACCCCAUUAUUUAUUUCAGCCACUACGCUUUUUCGAUUUAUCAGUGAUGACCGCUGGAGUGCUACAGAGCGCCUAAAUGUUGUCCUGGAGGACCGAAUCAAAUAUGUCACAAAAAUGGAGGGUACAUAUAUGCCCAUAUUAAAUCGUCUUCUCAUAAAUGAGGAUGAAGAGGAAUUCCAACAGCUGAUACAGGGAUUCAAGAACAUAAUCGGCAUUCUUAUUCUUCUCGCUACUCCCUUAUCAGUGAAUUCUCUUACUAAACUUCUGCAGCUGGAUACAGAUAAGGUCCAGACACAAUUCAAACUGUUCCACUCUGUGCUUGAUGUUCCUACCAGCUCAGAGGACCCAGUCCGGAUCUUACAUCUUUCAUUUCGGGAUUUUCUUCUUGAUAAGAAACAGGAAGGAAAGCCAUUCUGGGUGGAUGAGAGAGAGGUGCAUGCUAAACUCACUAUAAAAUGUCUCAAGCUCAUGCAAGAUAACCACUAUGGACUACGGAGGAAUAUCUGCAACCUGAAAGAUGAUACGACACAGCGGAGUGAUAUAGAUGAACAGACUCUGAGCCGUUCCCUGCCGCCAGAAUUACGUUAUGCGUGUCGAUAUUGGAUGCAUCACUUGCUACAGAGUCACAACCCAUCCAAUGAGCUAGUUCAGGCUCUCUCAUUUCUCGAGUCGCACUUUCUCUACUGGGUUGAAGUAAUAAGCCUUUUAGGUAUUAUGUCUGAGGUCGUUGAAAUGAUCCAGAGACUGCGGUCAACCAUACAGGCUGAUGAGUCUCCUACAAUAUCGAGUUUCCUAUAUGACGCUUGGCGGUUUCUUCUUCAAAAUCGGCAGAUAGCUGAUGUUGCACCCCUCCAGCUUUACUCAUCUGGAUUGAUGUUUACUCCCAAGAAUUCGGUAAUUAGGAGAACAUUUAAAAGUGAAUUAUCAAGAUGGGGUCAACUCCCCAAAACCCUCGAGGGCCAUUCCCAUUGGGUUAACUCACUGGUCUUCUCACCGGACAGUCAACUGCUGGCAUCUGGCUCUGGUGAUAAGACCGUCAAGCUCUGGGAUCCCCGUACCGGCGAGCUGCGCCAGACCCUCGAGGGCCAUUCUGAUUGGGUUAACUUAUUAGCCUUCUCACCGGACAGUCAACUGCUGGCGUCUAGCUCUCGUGAUAAGACUAUUAAGCUCUGGAGUCCUUAUACUGGCGAGCUACGCCAGACCCUUAAGGGUCAUUCUGAUUGGGUUAACUUACUAGCCUUCUCACCAGACAGUCAACUGCUGGCAUCUAGUUCUCGUGAUAAGACUAUUAAGCUCUGGAAUCCCUAUACUAGCAAGCUGUGCCAGACUCUCAAGAGUCAUUCUGAUUGGGUUAACUCACUAGCCUUCUCACCAGACAGUCAAGUACUAGUAUCUGGCUCUUAUGAUAAGACUAUCAAGCUCUGGAAUUCCUGUACCGGCGAGCUGCGCCAGACCCUUGAGGGCCAUUCUGAUUGGGUUAACUCACUAGCCUUCUCACCAGACAGUCAAGUGCUAGCAUCUGGCUCUCAUGAUAUGACUAUCAAGCUCUGGGAUCCCUGUACCGGCGAGCUACGCGAGACCCUCGAGGGCCAUUCUCAUUGGGUUAACUCACUGGCCUUCUCACCGGACAGUCAACUGCUGGCAUCUAGCUCCCGUGAUGAGACUAUCAAGCUCUGGAAUCCCCGUACCGGCGAGCUGCGCCAGACUCUUGAGGGUCAUUCUCAUUCAGUUAACUUACUAGCCUUCUCACCAGAAAGUCAACUGCUGGCAUCUGGCUCUCGUGAUGAGACCAUCAAGCUCUGGGAUCCCUGUACCGGCGAGCUGUGCCAGACCCUCGAGGACAGUCAACUACUAGCAUCUAGCUCUGGUGAUAAGACUAUCAAGCUCUGGGAUUCUAAUACUGGCAAGCUGUGUCAGACUCUUGAGGGCUGUUCUGAUUUAGUUAACCCACUAGCCUUCUCACCAGACAGUCAACUACUGGCAUCUGGCUCUCAUGAUAAGACUAUCAAGCUCUGGAAUCCCUGUACUGGCGAGUUAUGCCAGACCCUUGAGGGCCACUUCUAUCCACUUAAAUCACUGGCCUUCUCACCAGACAGUCAACUGCUGGCAUCUGGCUCUGAUGAUGAGACCGUCAAGCUCUGGGAUCCCCGUACCGGCGAGCUGCGCCAGACCCUCGAGGACCAUUCCCAUUGGCUUUGGAUCGGGACUGAAAUUGACGGAUUGUCUUUACUCGAGGAGCAGUGGAUCGCUUACAGAGGUAAAAUCAGAUUAUGGCUUCACCCUAACUAUCGCCCAAGGCACUUAGCGUUCAGAGCAGGCAUUAUUGCCCUUGCCCAUCCCUCUGGUAGAAUCUCUUUCAUCUCAGGGUUUAGUUAAUUGCU